UCCGUAUCUGUUUUAGUAUAUAAUGAGUGGUUGAAAAUGUGACACGCAUGCUUAAAUACAGUACGGAAUUUUAAGUUCCGUAUUCAAUAGGGAGAAUACGGAAUUUUAAAUUCCGUAUUUGAUAAAGUGGGGUGCCAAGCCCCAUAGGUGGGGUGCCAAACCCAACUCCCCUCUCUCUGCCACUCUCAACCAACCACCGAUCAUGCUGGACCCAAAAAAACAAAAACUCCAUUAUUCUUAAUUUUUAAUUGAAAACUACUAUGCUAUUGCUAUUGCUAUUGCUAUGUUGUGUUUGUUUUCAUUCGAUUUGAUUCCCCUUUUGUAUCAAUCGCCGAGGUGGGGUUUUGCUUCCUUUUUCUGUGGGGUUUUGCUUCUUCAACUUCCUUCCAUUCAAAUGAAAUGAUCAUUUGGGGCAUAUUUACCACUACUGUCUCUGCUUAUCACUACAUAUGUUUCGGAAAUUCGGAUUGUUUGCGGGUCUGAAUCAAACCAAAAGGCUGCUUGAUGUCCAGCAACCAAAUCACCACUUGCCAAUGCUCGAUGCUGUUCAUGAAGUUGCAAUUUACAUUCAUAGAUUUCAUAAUCUCGACCUUUUUGAACAAGGAUGGUACAGGAUCAAGGUUACCAUGAGAUGGGAGGACAGUGAUACUGAUGAUUCUUAUCCCGGGAUUCCUGCUAGAGUUGUUCAGUAUGAAGCUCCUGAAGUGGGUGCUGACAAUUUAUGUAGAGUUUGGAUCAUUGAUGAUACGGACAACAGUUUUUCAACACCUCCAUUCCGUAUAAGAUAUGCCAGGCAGGAUGUAUUUCUUUGUAUCAUGGUCUCUUUCUAUCUGUCUUUUGGUGGAGAUGAGGGUAAAGCUGUAAUCUUGAAGUUUGAGCUCUUGCGCACUUCGACACCGGAUAUUGGGCCUGAGUUACAAAGUUCACUGGAUGCAUGUGCAGCUUCAGUUCAUGAGUAUAGGAUCCCUCCUAAAGCUCUUCUGGGAUUACAUUCAUAUUGUCCUGUCUAUUUUGAUUCUUUCCAUGCUGUCGUUGUUGAUACAAGUAUUCAUAUCAGUCUACUAAAGCCUGGUUAUCACACACCACGACCGAAGGUAUCAAGUUAUACCAGUGAUUCUUGGGCUUCUGAAGGAAAAGCUUAUGAAGACAAUGUUGAGUCAAACAAGGCCAUGUUCAUCAAAGCAUUGAUAUCUGCCCAUGAUAUCCUGCUUGAGGACCUGAGAAGAAUAAGCAAAGGAAUUAACCAAGCUAUUGAUUUGACUGGAAUUACUUUUAAACCAGCUGUUACCAAAUCACCCAAUGAUACUUCACCAGCACAUGCGAAAAUUAUUGAUGAUGAAGCACCACUUCAACUGUCUAACAGCAUGCAAGUCAGUGCUGAGAAAGCUGAACAUUAUAUCAAUCAUAUUUCUAAGGAUUCCUUUCAACCAUUACCUUGGGAUGAUAUAUUAAACACUUUCCAGUCUGUUGGGAAUCAGCUCUUAUAUCUCUGGAAUACAUUUCUAAAAUUCCACAGGGAAAAUAAAACAAAGAUCAUGGACUUUCUACAAAACUCAUGGGCUAACGAUCGAAGAACUGAAUGGUCAAUAUGGAUGGUGUACUCCAAGGUUGAGAUGCCUCAUCAGUACAUGAGUAAUGGAGUUGAGAGGACAUCAUUGUACCGAAGCAUGCAUGGAAGAUCAUCAAGUACGACAAGGAGAUUAAUUAAUGAUCCUGUUCAGACUGCAAUAAUGCGAGCUGAACUUCAUAGGCGUGGUAUAGCGCAAAUGAGGAUCAACAAUCGUUCACUUCAAGACAUGUAUAUAUUUGGAGAUCCUUUGCGGGUUCCUAUCAUUAUUGUAGAACGCUUGGAAAAUAUGUACCGAUCUGCCAGCGUGAAUUCAUACCUCAUUCCUUCAGAGGAGAAAGCAAUACACAUUGUGGAAAAUGGAUCUAGAGCCAUAAAGAUGUCUGAGAAUAGCCCUCAACGAAAUGAGCAUGUUUUGAGAGUAGUUGUUUUUGUUCAUGGGUUUGAGGGGCAUCAUUUAGAUUUACGUCUUGUUCGGAACCAAUGGCUUUUAAUAGACCCCAAAAUACAAGUUCUUAUGUCUAAGACAAAUGAAGACAAAACAUAUGGAGACUUCAGAGAAAUGGGAUUACUGCUGGCGCAAGAAGUGAUCUCUUUCCUGAAAAGGAAGAUGGAUAAAGCUUCAAGAAGUGGAAAAUUAAAAGAUGUCAAGCUUAGCUUUGUUGGCCAUUCGAUUGGGAACCUCAUUCUCAGAACUGCUUUAGCAGAAAGCAUCAUGGAGCCAUAUCUAAGAUACUUGCAUACUUAUGUUUCUAUAUCCGGUCCGCACUUGGGUUAUAUGUACAGUUCAAACUCUAUAUUCAAUUCAGGAUUGUGGCUCUUGAAAAAAAUCAAGGGCACACAAUGCAUCCAUCAACUAACUUUCACAGAUGAUCACGAUCUUGAGAACACCUUCAUCUACAAUCUUUCGAAGAUGAAGACACUGGCAAACUUCAAGAAUGUGAUUCUUUUAUCCUCUCCUCAGGAUGGUUAUGUUCCGUACCAUUCAGCCAGAAUAGAACUGUGUCCAGCAGCUUCUUCAGAUUUUUCUAAACAAGGGAAAGUGUUCCUGGAUAUGUUAAAUAAUUGCCUGGACCAAUUGCGGACUCACUCUGAUCAUCGUGUGGUCUUGCGCUGUGACAUUAACUUCGAAACCUCCUCCUAUGGAAGGGGAUUCAACACUCUCAUUGGACGCGCCGCUCAUAUUGAAUUCUUGGAGUGUGACAUAUUUGUCAGGUUCAUCAUGUGGUCUUUCCCAGAGCUCUUUCGUUAGUUAGUGCAUGUUUAGUUUCAAGAUACUCAGAAGCUAAGAAGUGAUUCUAGAAAACAUCACCAUGGAACAAGUAAACUAGGGAAUUUGCAUGUACUUAAUUGUUAACACCAAAAUUUCCAAACUGGUAAAUUAAUCAUUGAGAUAUGAUAUAUGUAAAUGCACAACAUAUUUCAGUGUAGUUUAUACUUUGCUGCCGAAUUAUUAUUAUUUACAUAUAUGGUGGUGGCAUGGGUCGAAAUAUUGUUUGGAAUGUAUUUCCAUUGCUAAGAUUGAAGUUA